AUGCAUUUCUGCAGAAGCAAAUCCGAUGGCCACAGCGACAAACCGGAAGAUAAUUAUGGUAACUUCGAUAGCGAUGAAGAAGAAAAGGGCUACUCUCCCACGCCGUUCUUGAAGGGGGGCAAGCAUUUCGACAUCCAAGCAUACGCAAGCAACUACCACCGCAGUACCAAAAUCCUCCGCCUCAUAUUCAUCGCCGAUCGCUUCGGCAACGCCAAUGAAAGGCGGCGGAGUAUGCAACUGGAGGCACUCCGAAUCGCGUACGAUAUAGCCAAAAAGGGCAAGGACGUGAAUGUGUUCAUCAAAAUCGUGCGAAAAAUUGACGGGAGAUUGGGCCCUAAUUACGACAUGGAUGAAAAUUGGUGCAACUCGGUGAUUGAGGGGAGGCGUGUGAUGAGCGAAAUGCUACAGAGAUGCGCGAAGAAUUGUGAGAAAUCUUACACGGAAAGAACCAUAUGUGCGGAGGACGCAAGAAACGUGUUCAAUUCGAUAGCAGUUUUCUACGAGGACCACGGCGCUCUUACGAGGGCUUAUGCGUUUUACAAGAAGAGCGUACAUUUCUGCAGGAGCGAUAAGAAUUACUCAGAAUUGCUAAGGCGUUUGAUUGUGGUGGUGAUUGAGUUGGGGCAGUUUGAAGCUUCUGCGGAGAUUGCGGAAAAAGGAAUGCAAUAUCCAAAUCUUAAUCCUAUUACAAUGGAGACUCUGCGCUGUGCUCUGGGAUUGGCUCGCUUCAAGUCACAUUGCUAUAAAGACGCUGCUCAUCAGCUCUUGGGAGUAAGUAAAGAAUUGGGAAACCGAUUUUCAAAAGUCAUGGCUGCUCAUGAUAUUGCUACCUUUGGCGCCCUAUGUGCACUCGCAACUUUUGAUCCAAUAGAGUUCAAGAAUUUUAUUUAG